AUGAUGAUGAUCGUCUUCCUGACACUCUUCGACUGCGAUUCUCCGGCUGAGAACUCUAAGCUUAGAGGUGUUGAUCCCUACCUUCAUGGAUACCCUCUCUCAAAGCUACGCAAUAUAAAAACAUACGAACAUCAACCUUUACUUUAUCUCAAAAUGUAUUGGAUCUCAUUGAUAAUUUUAUCAAAAAUUAUUUAUUUUCAAGACCAAGUAAUAGUCACGGAAGCCAAGAAAGGUUUUGGACCUGGUGAACAAGACUGGGGCCAUUUCGAAGUUCGGCCCGGCGCUUAUAUGUUCUGGUGGCUUUACUACGUCAACCCACCGGUUAAAUCACCAGAUUUCGACGUCUUUGACAAACCACUACUAAUUUGGCUGCAAGGUGGCCCAGGAGUGGCCUCAACUGGCUAUGGAAACUUUAUAGAGUUCGGGCCACUUGAUAUAAAUCUACAAAAACGUAAUUACACGUGGGUAAACGAUUACAAUGUUCUGUUCAUCGAUAGUCCAGUUGGUACUGGAUUCAGUUACGUUGAAAACGACUCGCUCUACGUCAAUGAUAAUCAAGAAAUAGUCAAUGAUCUUAUGGGAUGUAUUGGAAAAUUUUUUGAUAGAGUUCCUCGGUUCAGGAAUGUUUCUUCUUAUAUCUUGGGGGAGUCCUAUGGUGGAAAAGUUGUUGUCGAAUUUGCUCACAUCUGGUACAAAGCUCAAGAAAAAGGGACUAUAAUUAGCAAACUUCAAGGAAUCGGUUUAGGAAGUCCGUGGAUUUCACCAAUUGAUUCAAUAUAUCAUUCAGCAGAAUAUUUAUUAAAUAUGGGUAUGAUCGACACGAUAGAUUAUAUUGACGUCCAAAAAAGUACAAAAGAACUUCAAAAAUUAAUUAAUUCAGAAGAGUGGAUCCAAGCAUUUAAUAUAUUUCUAACAAACUGCGCCGAUCGUUACCUCUAUCGGAUCAGUGAUUUUAAUAACAUCCUUAUUGAGAAAAAAUUUGUUUCUUCUCAUAUAUAUACUUCUGGCUAUCGGAAAUUUUCCAACUACACAAACGAUUUCGAAGAUUUGAACAAAAGCUUACAAAGUUCUAUAAAUAACACCGUAAAAAAGGCAUUGAAUCUCACUGAUUAUGAGUGGACUAUUUCUUCUGAUCCUGUCUACGAACAUCUGAUUGCCGACUUUCUGAAGCCGGUUACUAAUACAGUUGAAAAACUUUUGAAUGAAACAAGCUUAAAAGUGUACGUCUUCAACGGGCAGCUUGAUCCGAUUAUUCCGACGGCUGGUACUCUCGCUUGGAUGGAAAAACUCAAAUGGAGACACGCGGAAUUGUGGAGAAGUACUAAAAGAGAUGCACUGGUAGUUGAUAAUAUUUUGGAAGGAUUUGUUAAAGGAUAUGGAACGUUAAGGCUAUAUUGGAUCAGCAGAGCUGGACAUAUGGCGCCACUUGACAAUCCUUUUGCAAUGAAAGCAAUUCUUCAGGACAUUACAACUGAAAAUUUUUGA